AUGAGAACUUUGAAAAUUUAAGAUGAGGUUGCUACGGCAUGCACUAUAGCCUCUCUGCUGAUCUCAGGCUACUAGAUUGGUUGCCACCUCGCUAAUUAUCAUGAACCUUCUCUUUAACUCUAUGUCAUUCGCAUACUCUUAAUGAUCCCAGUUUACUCUACAGCAACUUGGCUCUCUGUGAUGAUACCCAAGGAGACGCUUCUUUUCAAUACAAUGAGAGAUAUUUAUGAGGCAUAUGUGCUUUACAUUUUUAUGAAGCUCUUGAUUCAAUUUUUGGGUGGUGAAAACAGUCUGAUAGUACAUCUAGAAUUUAAAGUAAACACUAGCUAUGAUAAAUUUGUCUUUAGAGAAGAAUUAGAUAACCAUGGCCUCUUGAUGGCGAUACUUGCGAUUGUAUUUGAUAAAUAUGGCAUUUACAACGAGGGGCAUUUUGAAUUCAGGGCAGGUUAUCUUUAUCUGUCAAUUAUUAACAACAUCUCAAUCUCUCUAUCUCUAUACUGCCUCGUACUAUUUUACAUGGCAACAGAAGAAAGACUUAAGCCUUUCAACCCAUUCGCAAAAUUUUUGUGCAUUAAAGCUAUAUUAUUUUUCUCCUUUUGGCAAGCUUGUGCUUUUACUAUCUCACUCAAAAUGAACUUAUUCGAUAGAGACUUUUCUCAGUUAGCUUAAAGUUUAAUCAUAUCAGUGGAGAUGGUUUUUGCUUCAAUAGCAUAGGCAUUUGCUUUCAAUUAUAAAUCUUUCGUUGAUCAUGGGAAAAAGAGACAGAAUGUAUUCAAAACGAUAGGUUAUGUACUGAACGUCAAAGAUGUGAUUAGUGACGCACAUAAUACUUUUAUUAAGGACAAUAACAAAGAUUCUGAGUAGGAGACUAUCAUGGAGGAUGUGCUGAAGGAUAAAGCAUUCAAUUGGACAGACGAGGAAGAGACUCCAAAUCCUUUGGAUAAAAGCCCUGGAAGUGGAGAAGAGGUUAAUAAUCCAUAUCAGAUCUCAAGUAAGAGUAUGACAACUCAGAAUAAAAAGAUUAAGAAAUAGAAGUACAAGCAAUCUUAACUUGGAUCUUCUAACUCCUCUUCAGCAACAGCUACUACCACUAUCUAGUAGCACUUAAGUCAAAUUAAGAAUAAAAAUACGACUAAGUCAGCUGAAAAAGGCUACAGUCAGCUGAAAAGUAACUAACCUCAUUAGACUACGGUACACAGUGGAGUGUAGUAUACAAAGCAUAAAAAUAGUGAGAACGAAGAAUUCGAUACUGAUAGCUACGAUGAGGAUGAAGACGAAGAGUUCAGUGGAGGCGAGGAUCUCAUUGAAAUCAGAAUUGCUAGUAAUUCUGAUCAUUGUACAAUAGAUAAUAAAGAGUAAGAUUUGAAGGAACACCAACUAGACUUAGAGAAGAAGUCGAACUAAAACUCAGGAAAGAAACCUCACGCUCAAAAGAUUAUCUAAGUCUGA